AACUGUUGAUCAAUUUCGGCAGCUCGACAGUCCAUUAUUUUCAUCGGGAAACACCCCCUGAUUCUGUCACUCCAGUCAGUUUGUUUUCCUCAAUAAAAUCGUUACCUUCUGGGUUGCUCUCGGCAUUAAAAUGAUCCGGUUCAUCCUCAUCCAAAACCGUGCUGGGAAAACCAGACUGGCCAAAUGGUACAUGAACUUCGACGACGAUGAAAAACAGAAAUUGAUCGAAGAAGUGCAUGCAGUUGUUACUGUGAGGGAUGCAAAGCACACAAAUUUCGUCGAGUUUCGAAACUUCAAGAUCGUCUAUCGCCGAUACGCUGGCCUCUACUUCUGCAUUUGCGUCGACGUAAAUGACAACAACCUCUGCUAUCUUGAAGCUAUUCACAACUUCGUGGAAGUGCUUAACGAAUACUUCCAUAAUGUGUGUGAGCUAGAUUUGGUGUUCAAUUUCUACAAGGUCUAUACUGUUGUUGACGAAAUGUUCUUGGCCGGUGAAAUUCGAGAGACUAGUCAAACCAAAGUCCUUAAGCAGCUGCUGAUGCUGAACUCACUGGAAUAAGGAAUCUCAAAGCAGUGUGAAUGAUGAGAACUGUUCUGAUAUAUUAUAUGUAAAAAUACCCUCUGAUGCGUAUUGUAUGAAUGGAUAAUCUGUAUAUUUUAUAUUAUGUUAUAGGACUCUUUUCUAAUUCUAAUUUGUUCUAAGGAUCAUUCCAAUUGUAACUAGUUACAGGAUAAUAUUGUGAGGAGGUCAUCUGAUAUAAAUGUUAUCAACCAUGAUUGUAUUGUAAGCUCGUUAUCAGUAAAGUUCAGAGCUGUAAUGGAA